AUGGAACAGAUCAAUUCCAAUAACAAAAAAAGGUUACGACAACUGGAAAUUUUCAAUAAGUUUGCAACGGUUUCAAAGAACCAGCAUUUAAGUCAUCCUAUAAGCCAAGACACUGACGGUGAGUCAAUCUUAAGUUAUGAUGAUUUUAUAAAAUUAAUUUCUAAUUCCAAAAACUUAUAUUCAAGGUUUACAGAUCAUUCAUUCAAUCUUAAUCAAAUUCCACCUGAAACAUUUGGUUGUAUAUUCUUUGUCAUUGAUGAAAAUAAUAAGGGUUACCUUACUGUUAAUGAUUGGUUCUAUUUUAAUAACCUUUUGGAAAACGAUAAUUACAACUAUAUCAUUCUAUAUGAAUUCUUCAGAAAAUUUGAUAUUGCCAAAAUUAAGGCAGAAAGGCAAAAAAAUAAACAUGGUUCAACAAUGGACGUUACAUUUGAUGAUUCCCGAAUUAAAUCUAUUAAUUAUUCUAAUAGAAUGUUAAGCUUCGACCAAUUAUUCCUUAAUCGAAACCAUUUUAAAGAUAUCAUAAAAUUGUUACAAAGUACUGUUCAAAAUAGUUUUGUCAGCAGAAACUCAUUAUAUUUAAAUUGGGAUAAUUUCAAAUUUAUGAAGUUUUAUGAGUGUUUUCCAUGCAAUCGGAAAAAGGACCCAUAUUUGACCUUGAGCUCUUUGAUCACUAUCCUUCAAAAUGAUUUGAAAUAUGAGAAACUAUACCUAGGGUUUGAAAAGUUGUCACAUUAUGAUUCAGAAAGAAAUGCAUUAGCAAUAAAUAAUGCACAAUUAUCAUAUUUAUUGCGAUUGUUCUACUCGCAUAGAGUCUCUGCAUAUAUAUUCGAUUCUUUGAACUUAUCCAACACAGCACUAUUGAAAUCCAAUAAUAAUUUCAUAACAUAUAAUGUGUUCAAGGAUAUUUUUUAUCUAUUUCAAAACUUCGAUCUCCUUAACCAACUACUGAUAAAAUAUGCCACUGCUAAUGGUUUUACAGAAAGGGAUAUACGAGAACGUGUCAUCAAUAAAAGAGACCUUGUGACUUUUUUGAAUACACAGUAUAAUAAAGUAACUAACAUUUCUGAAUUCUCGCCCUCCCAAAUAAAUCUGCUAUUUUCUAUCGUGGCCAAUAACAAAGAAAAUAAGCAAUUAAAUAAACCAGAUAUUCACCAUCGAGAUUCCUUCAUAGAUCACUUUAUUCAGAACGAUUACGUCAAUGGCUCAAGUACAAAUUUAGAAACAUUCAAUGAUCAUUAUAGUGAAUUUGCUGAUAAUUUUGGUCAAUCCACUCCGUUUAAUGGUUAUUCGAAAGUAUCGGUAGGGCUUUAUGAAUCCUUAUUUGGUGAAGAGCAGGAUAAGGCUACCAUGGGAUCCAACUUGAACAUUGAAGAUUUCAUGAAAAUCUUAAAUCCUAAUUAUUUAAAUGAUUUGGUUCAUCGAUUAGAAUUAGAAAGGAUUGGAAAGGAGUCAUUGUAUAGAAAUUAUUAUUUCUAUCCUAUCUUUGAUUCUAUUUUCAAUUUUUCAUUAGGGUCUGUUGCUGGUUGCAUAGGUGCAACAUUAGUUUAUCCUAUUGAUUUUAUAAAGACAAGAAUGCAAGCACAAAGAUCACUUACCAAGUAUAAGAAUUCAAUCGAUUGUCUUGUUAAGAUUUUUGGGAAAGAAGGUAUCAGAGGUUUAUAUUCAGGAUUAGGACCACAAUUAAUUGGAGUAGCUCCAGAGAAAGCCAUUAAAUUGACUGUCAAUGAUUUUAUGAGGAAAAGUUUAGUAGAUAAAAAGGGUAAUCUUCAACUGGGUGCAGAAGUAUUAUCAGGAGCUACAGCAGGUGCAUGCCAGGUCGUCUUUACUAACCCUUUAGAAAUUGUAAAGAUUAGACUUCAAGUAAAGUCGGAAUAUACUAAUGCAAUGAUUCCUAAAUCUCAACUAACAGCAUUCCAGAUUAUUAAAGAGCUAAAAUUAAUUGGUCUAUACAAAGGUGUAGGUGCAUGUUUAUUGAGAGAUGUUCCUUUUUCAGCAAUUUAUUUCCCAACAUAUGCCCACUUAAAGAAAAAUGUCUUCCAGUUUGAUCCGAAUGAUAAGGAUAAAAGAGACAGAUUGAAAACGUGGGAACUAUUAACUGCAGGGGCCCUUGCAGGUGUCCCAGCUGCAUUUUUGACGACACCAUUUGAUGUUAUCAAGACAAGAUUACAAAUUGAACCAGGAGUCGGCGAAACUCGAUACACAGGCAUAUUACAUGCUGUUAGGACAAUAUUAAAGGAAGAAAGUUUUAGAUCUUUCUUCAAGGGAGGCGCUGCUCGUGUUAUGAGGAGCUCACCUCAGUUUGGGUUUACCUUGGCAGCAUAUGAGUUAUUCAAAAAUAUGUUUAACAUAUCAGAUGAUAAGCAACCAACAAAGAAUGAGAAGAGUACGGAGGAUUAUAACGAUUCAGUUGGAACUGGGUAUCCAUCAUCAUUUUUCAGUAGUAUGAAAUAUACACCCUCAUACUCGUAUUCAAACCAACCAACUGAGUAUUUCAGCCCAAGAAUUGAUCCCUUUACGAGUAACUAUCUCGAUUAUUAUUUUAAAAGUUGCCAAGUAGCGAAGACGUUCAUCGACUUAGAUAACAACUUCUCAAACUUUGAUUAUUCGGUGUAUUCAAAAUUCAGAGACUAUUUGAACUCCAUAAAUCAUAGGUAA